GCUUGCCAUCCGGUUUAUGGUGCGCGAGCAGAAAAAAAAAAAAAAAGCACCACAAUGGUUUGCGCCAUCGAGUCAAUGCACCUCAGCGUCAAUUGAAGCCCGCAAAUAAUUGAGCAGCUAAAAAAGAAAAGCACGAGAAAGAGACGCGUUCAAUGAGCAAGCCGCUUCGAAUAUGGACUGCACCAUAAAGGAAGCGCUGUCUGUGGUGAGCGAGGACCAGCCCAUAUACGAGCCGCCCUACACCACCACCAUGCACAUGAAGACUGAGAUGACGUCGCCGUGCGGAUUCAAGCAGAGCCCCGAGCCCGCUGAACCCGACUGGCCGGCCGCCGCCGCCGCCGCCACGGCACAGAAGAGAAGCGAGCAUGUCAACGGAACUAACCACGAGUCCCCGGUGGACUGCAGCGUGACAAAGCGCUCCCGCCACAUGAGCAACGACGGCGUGCCCAUGCCGUACCAGCCCUCGUACCCGGAAGCCCGCGUCAGCCCGCCCAACGUCACCCCGCCCAGCAUUACCGCCACGGAGGAGAAGCGCGUCAUCGUACCGGCAGAUCCCGAGGUGUGGACACAGGACCAUGUGCGUCAGUGGUUGGACUGGGCCAUCAAAGAGUACGUCCUAGAGGAAGUGGACGUCAUGCUCUUCCAAGCGCUGGACGGCAAGGCCUUGUGCAAGCUGACCAAAGAGGACAUGAUGCACCUCACGUCCGCCUAUAACGCUGACAUCCUGCUCUCGCACCUCAAUUACCUCCGGCAGAGUAGUCCAACUUUCUCGUACUCCACGACCGUCUCCACCAACACACCGCCGCCGGCACCGCCGCCGCAGCCGCCGGCACCGCAGCCUCGACUUCAGGUCAAAGCUGAAAGCAGUUUUGAUGAGAUUGGCCGCAGGAACAGCUGGAGUACAAACGGCAUGACGGUAGUGCCCAAAGGUACCGCCAUGGAGCAUCAACACAGCAGAGUGACAGAACCAGUAACAAGAAUCGGCCAAGACCCCUAUCAGACAUUAGGGCCCAUUAGCAGCCGUCUAGCAAACCCAGAAGGCCAAGCCGCCCGCUCGUCCAAGAACCGAACAGGCAGGCACAGUUCGCACAAGCUGCCUGACCUCAGCGCCCAAAGGCCUGUGGGUUCAGGGCAGAUUCAGCUGUGGCAGUUCCUGCUGGAGCUGCUGUCGGACAGCAACAACGCCAGCAUCAUCACCUGGGAGGGCACCAACGGCGAGUUCAAGAUGACCGACCCCGACGAGGUGGCCAAGCGUUGGGGCGAACGCAAGAGCAAGCCCAACAUGAACUACGACAAGCUGAGCCGGGCCCUGCGCUACUACUACGACAAGAACAUCAUGACCAAGGUGCACGGCAAGCGCUACGCCUACAAGUUUGACUUCCAAGGCAUCUCGCAGACGCACCAGAACCACCAGGCGGCCGACAGCGGCGGCGGCGGCAUGGUCAAGUACCAGACGGAGAUGUCCUACGUGCAGCCUUAUCACAGCCACCAGCCCAAAAUGAACUUCAUGACGGGCCACCCGCCGCCGCCCAUGCCCGUCUCGCCCGGGAACUUUUUCGGCCCGCCGUCCACGUAUUGGAACUCGCCCAGCAGCCCCAUCUACCCCGGGGCGGCCAUGAACAGACAUCCCGCCACCCAUUCCCACCUGAGCUCAUAUUACUGAGCGCACACACAUUCCAAAAAGGGGAAGAUGAGUUUUGUUCUAAAACGGGCAUUCUUGCUGGAAAGUAGGUUGGACGGACAGACACGAGGGACAAACGGACGCCUGUAUACUCUUCCUGGGAUAUUAUAUGAAUAUACUGAUGACACGCUGUAUUUACUGUAUUCAAUUAUGGAACCAAGUUUCUCUUCUCUGAGUAGAGCGGAUAGAAAAAGUCGACACAUCCAAAGCAAGUGAGAUCCUUCAUUUCAAAACUCUUUCCACCCUUUUUUUUUAGUUUGUUAAAAAAAGGGAAGUAAAAAUGAACUACUGAUCUAAUGUACCUCUGAAAAGUGCUACGUGGAUGAGGUGAGGAUUAAUCACAUUCAAGUUAAAUAGGAGUGCCACCAAGUGGCUCCGAUCAACACCAAAUGAAUUUUAGCUUUCUCUACAGACACACAUUUAUUUACUUUCUGAUAAAAGGCACAAAAGGAAACAACUAUUAAAACAAAUGAAUUUAAUUUGUUGUUGAUCAGGGGCACCUUAAAUUGUGACAGGUGUGCAUUGAGUCCCAUUUAAUAUGUGACUGGUUAUUACUUAAGACAACCACGUCCCAGGUAGAAGAGGGUGUGCACACUUGUGCAACUGCAUUAUAUCAGCUGUAGAUUUUUGCUUCCCCUAAGAUAUUUUUGUCAAUUAGGUUUUAUAGGUCAUCCAUCUAGGUCUCAUCUUUUUUUUUUUUUCUUUCAAAAAUGAAACUGGCUUUGAACAGGGGUGUGUAGACUUUUUAAAUCCACCGCAAAGAACUUGUUUGAUAGCUGGCGGCGGAAACUUGACUUGCAAGACUUUUGUAAAAGAAAUUGUACAGAAUCUUCCGUUAUGUAGCAAGGCGUCAUUUACUCAUGUUAAUAAAUGUUCCCUGUAGCUAACAA